AGACUUUUGAGCAGCAACUAUCCACUAAUUUAUUACAAGUUGUCAUGCUUAAUAUUGAGAAUCAUACGAUAAUUGAAACUGACCAGCUUGCAAAAGACAACUCUCAAGAAUUUAUAGAAAAAUUUAAUAUUGCACGCCAGCAU